AUGGCGGAAGUCCUUCCUCAAGUGAAAGAUCUUCCUUGCCUGCCAACACAAGCUCCAGUAGCACCAACAGUCACAACAGAAGUUCCCGUGGUAUUGCCAACGCCAAUCGGGCCUAUUUCUCUUCCAGAUGAACCAGCUAAAAUCGACCCUAUCGGACCCAUCAGUCUUCCAAAAGUUGAAGAGCCCCCACAGCUUCCACCAAAUUGGGUCGAAGAGCGAUUCCGAGUCGAUCGCCGUAAACUGGAAGAAAUGAUUCUCGUCGGAAAUGGAUACCAAAACGGCGAGACGUUCUUCCAAGGAGUAAUGGACAAGACUUCCACCACAGUGACCUGGCCCUCAAAGCUGAAAAUCGGCGCCAAGUCAAAGAAGGAUCCCCAUGUCAAAGUCGUCGGUCACGUGGACAACGUCAAGAAGGCAAAGGAACUGAUCCUGGAUAAACUCGAUGCUCGCUCGUCACGUGUCACUUUGAAGAUGGACGUUCCGCAUACGGAGCACUCGCACGUCAUUGGCAAAGGAGGCUGCACGAUCAAGAAAGUGAUGGAAGAAACCGGGUGUCAUAUCCACUUCCCAGACUCUAACCGAUCUGGAACAUCGGAGAAGUCGAACCAAGUGUCGAUUGCCGGAGAGCCAGCAGGUGUUGAAUCCGCUCGACGCAAGAUUCGCGCUCUCCUCCCAAUUGUCUUAUCCUUUGAGCUUCCUAAGAGCGGCGUGGCACGACCCAACCCCGACGUCAACAGUGCCCCAAUCCAGCGGCUUAUCCAAACCUACUCAAUCAGUGUCCAAGCGCGAGCUCGACCGCGCGGUCAAUCCACGGUCAUCUCAGUCCGCGGCACCCAACAAAACGUCACUGGUCUCAAAGACGGCAUCACUGGCCUUAUGCAACAUCUCACUGGACAAAUUGGCGCCACCCUGCCCGUCACCUGUAACCUCGAAGUGGCACCACAACACCACCAGGUCCUCUCGAAAAUGGUCCGCCACAUUCAACAGCAAACAGCCGCCCAAAUCACCAUGGUCCAGCCCCAGCAGCAAAUGAUGUCUCCCGAUGGUCAGACUCAGCCUCACAUCCCAAAUAUUGGUGCUCGAAGACCGCCAAGUCCAGUAGUAAUCACAGGAUGUGUUGACUCAGUCAUUAUCGCCCGCCACCAACUUACCGAAUGCUUGCCACUGGUGCUCAUGUGCGAUAUGAAAGACAAUGUCGACAGCGAAAGCGUCCGGCCACAGGAGACCAUGGAACGUAAUGAUGUUUUCAUCUCGAUCCGACCAAAGCCCAAGCAAGCGACAAAAUCCGUCAUCAUCAAGUCUGUCGAAGGAAAUGUCAUCAGAAUGUUCGAUGCACGAAAAGAGCUUCUUCGUCUCAAAACUUCCGGCUUGGAGAACAUCAUUCUCUCGCCACUUACGACUCUCAGCGCUCCUACAGUUUCACAGGCUCAGCUUCCCGCUGCCUACCAUAUCGAUACAAACCCUUGCUUCAAGACAAACGACUCCGAGGUCUUUACCAACUGCUCAGGCUCAUCAGUUGGCUACCAUAGCUCCGAAGAAGCUGACCAAUUCUCGGCACAAAAGAACAGCAGCUUGAUCUCCCCAAUCCAGCGGCCUAGCCCACGCUCAUCUCCCGGAUCCAGCACUUCCGGACACUUUUCCGAUUCUAUGCUUGGUUCAGACGUGAACAAUAGGAAAAUGAGCUCAAGCCCAAGCAACUCUAUUGAAGCUCUUGAACAGAGGCUCUCAACUCUUACUGGAACUGGAUUGUCGAAUAAAAUCUGGGAGUCAAAGACCCCAGCUGUGUCCUCGCAAUUCAAUCGACACCAGCCCACACUCCACCACAGCUUCAGUUCUGCCGAGUACGCCCGAGCCCGAGAGCUGGCCUACCAAGCCAUGUCCCGACCAGUUUUGGCUCCAGAUCUUCAAAUUCCAACUUCCACCUGGGCUGGACAGGGCUUCUCCCGCUCCAUGGGACCUGAUUUAUCGCGAGCUCUUUCCAGUCGAAAUAUGUCUCAAGCCCAGUUCACGCCAACUAUCGAAGAAAAUCCUAUCUUCAACACUUGGGGACCUCGAGUGGAUACUCUCUCAGCGAGUCUCCAAGCCAACUGCCUUUCAACGAUGAAAAAGGAGCGAUACUCACCCAACGCCCAGCCUUUCCAGCCCCGCAGCAACUCAAUGGUCGAUAUGUCUACCCAAGUCGAGCUGCACGAAGUCUUUGACUACCUUGGACUCAGCAAAUACACAAAUGUUUUCCUUCAACAAGAGGUCGACCUUCAAACAUUCCUCAGUCUCACAGAUUCCGACUUGAAGGAGCUCGGAAUUACGACGUUCGGCCCUCGGCGCAAAAUGCUCCUCGCUAUUCAAGAAAUGAAUAAAAAUCGAGCUCAAGUGGUCCAGGGAAUCUUGGCGAAUCGACAGAGCCGUAGCAGUUUGAACCUUCUUUCCGCCACCAGCCGGUGUCCAGAAUCCUGUUUUCAAAGUUCAACCCCACCCAAACCCCAAAAGAAGACGAAAGAGACGAGAAGACCGGAAAAUCUUUAUAGAAAUCAACGCAAGGAAUAG